CGCCCUGAAAGCAAGCACGCGCGCUUCCGCGUCCCAGGUCACGGCACGCGACCCUCGUGAUCGCGUGAUCGCGCGUAACGAAAUCGCGCGCGUCGCAUAUCGAGCGGAUCGGUGCCGACCAGGCGAUCGUCGCGGACGACGGACGACCGAAACGACGAACGAUGGUCAGUCCGCCAAGGUCUUGUGGACACGCAACAAUACACGGCACGCCGUAUGACAGUGACGACGAUCGGCGACGUUUCAUGUACAUCCCAGCGUCGCUUCGAUUUUUGAUCAGCUACUGAUUUAUUUCUGACAGCGCGUUGAUAGUUUUUGUGUUGAUUAUAGUUUGCGUUUCUCUUUGCGCGCACGGCUCUUCAGCGUGUGAACGGUGGAAAUCUCGGUAAAAUGAAUCGUGAGCGGGACGCGGAUAUGCUACGUGAUAAUUGCUUGCUCCAGAUGGGUGCGGUAAAUUGAAUCGUGCAACUGUGUUCAUGUGUUUAAAUAUCAUACGUUGAUAAUUCAUUAUCUCGACAAGGAAGAGAGAGGGAGAGAGAAGGGGAAGGGAAGGGGAAGGCAGAGAAGGAGGGAGAGGGAGAGAGAUCAAGCGGAUCUCGCGAGUUUAUCAGAGAGGAAAUCGAGAAAGAUUGUGAAACCUUAUAUACGUAUUGGUGAACACGUAUAUUGUGUGACAGGCAUUACAGGCAAUUUAAAAAAAUCUUAAAAUAUUAAACAAUAACCGAAAGUUUACGGAAGUGAUGCGCGGAAGAGGGAUCUGAUGACAAAGAGUUCAACGGACACGCGAUCUAGUCAUGGAGAAGAGUAAGCGAAACCGCCGUUCAGAUGGAUCGUCAUAUCGCGCGAAAAAGAGGAACGCUGAGAUGCCGGCGCUUCACGCGCGAACACUACAAACGGAGCAAUCUUUUUGAGUCCGCGAAAGAACGAAAUUACUUUUUUUUCUAACUCGACAAAUUUAGCAGUAUAUAUACAUAUAUGCACGUGUAUAUACCCGAGCGAGCUUCCGAACAAUUUCGUUAAGUGUGCGCAAGUAAGUCAUUCUAGUUAAUCGCCCUUUAGCAAGGAGCUUUAAUUCGAGCUAACAAUAAAAUAAACUGACGACGUCAUGAAUGCGGCGUGCGAAAAAUGAUUUCACUGUUAAUCGCAACGGACACGAGUGCCGGGCAGGUUAUCGGUGGGUGAUCGGUGGGUGAUCCGCGGGUGAUCCGAGGGGAGAGAGAGAAACCUGAUGUGAAAAACCGAACGCGAUCAAUCUUCGUCGUGCGAGGUCGUGAAAGGCCAAAAGAUGUUCCCGCCAUCUCGUCCGCUCGACGCGCGAUAGUUCCGGUUUGCAAAUUCGACAGGUUUAUAAUGUCGCGACCGGACCCGUCGGACUUGAUAAUCGAGACUAUACACGGCGCACGCAUGUAUGAAACGCGCGACGGAUGGUAUCGCGCUUGAAUGACAUGGCACGGCCAUGUCAAAGUUCGCGUUCGUUGUUAGAGUUGUCGGAUCUCACGACAAUUUAAUUGUACAAAGCGUCGGAAAACAUUGUUAAACGUUGUUGAUUCUGUUUUCGCGGCCGUAGAGAUAGCUAAGGGUCUUCCCGACGCAGCUUUAGUGGCGUUAAGAAGGAUUAAGGCUUGUCUAUUGCCGCGCGCGAAUUCCCCUGUGCACAGUGCACACACAUCAGUAAUCCUCUGUGAUUUCGCGUUAAACCUCAACAGCAAUAACGAAGCAAUCAUAAAGUGCAUUAAGGAAAGCAUGCAGCAUCAUUCUGCGACAAAAAUAAUUUUGUCUCCUUGGGAAGAAUCGACGAAGCGUAUUCAUAAUAAUUUCAGGACUGAUAAAUUAUUGGCCGUCGGAAGCUCCCAUUUUCUGUUAAGAAGAUAAUGAUCAAGAUUCGACGUGAAUAAAUAACAAGAGAGGCCGAAAAAUAGCGAGAAUAUACCGUACAUUUUUUCGACCGGUAAUCAUCGGUAAGGAACUCCGAGCAAUGCUUACACAAGCGCUUUAACAAAUUUUGUCGCGCUACACGAACGCAAGUAACGGUUUGUGACGGAGACAUUAGAUCUUGCUGCGGUUGCACUAUUGUUUGGAACGUUUUAGAGAAGCAUGAAAGAAAAUCUUUUUGCCACGAGGUGAGAUUAACAGCAGCGUUGCCCGUUGGAAAGGCAAGUGGGUGAAAGGAAAAGACCUCGGCGAUUAACGAUAACGAGCGACGAACGCCGAGGGAAAGAAACCAUUGGAGACGCUGUACUGAGAGGAAGGGCGAUACGACAGAUACAUUUUGCAACGUAGCUUAAAUAACGAUUAUCCGCGUACAGAGCGGAGAAAGAGAGACGUUUUUCGAAUCGAAAGGAGACUCAAGGGAAUCACGGGACGGAAUUUCAUUACCGCAUUAGUCCGAAUAAAUACUCGAAGGAUUUUCUUAGGUAAGAUCGAUCGCAAGGUCCCAGAAGUCUGCUCGUAUUCAACAUCUAUAUCCUCCGGAGGACCAGAACGAGGGUAUUUCCGAAUCUCUCAAUCUUCCGUCUUCCCUGCAGCUUUCUCUCACUAUCUCUUUCUCUUUCUCCGCUGUCUCGUCUUUCCUCUCGCCUGUAGUGCAUAUCCAAAUUCUCCUCUCCGAUUUGAGUUGCCUGAUAAGUUUCAGUUGCUCGUGUCAUAUCGCGAACAUUAUGCAUGACCCGACCGUCGAGUACCCGCAUUUGACGUUCACGAUCGUUUCACGUCUCGUGAAAGUAACAGCUUUGGCAAACGUGGAUAAUUCUGAGGGUUGGUUUAGCCUGCGAAGUUGAGUGAAAUCAACGAGGGAAGCACGGUGAUCCUACGGAAAGACCGAGACGUCGCGUCGUUCGGUUAGAGAGAUAGAAAGACACGAAUUCGUUACAGUAGAAUCGUAUGAUAGGCGACAAUGAGAGGACGAACGUGGAAAAGGCGAGGACAAUUCAAUGUCCGCUGAACGAAAACUCGUUGGUGUCAUUUUUUGAAAUAUCAAGAACUUUAACGAACGCUUCGGAGAACGACAAUUAACGAUGACAAACGUUAAGACACGAAUUUGGAAGCAAAUGUCGCGUUACGUCUUACAAUUAGACGCGAUCAGCAAUUCCGGCGACGACGGCCAGGUCGGAUAAUCCUAUCGACGAUAUCCGUGCCGAGUGCCGUGAGGGAAUAAUCUCUCGUGAGAGAAAAGGUGAUAAGAUUACGACGGGCUGAAUAUUUCACUUUUUCUCUCGCAUCGUUCGGACGGCGACGAAAAUCCUAAUACGAUAGAACGUGCAAAAUAAACCCUACUAUUGUCCCAAAAUAAUAAUUCCGGUAAUCCACAAGGGAACGACGUGUUGGAGAUCGGACUAUUAAACUUCCGAUAGUGCUACGCGAUAUUUUAUAGUGGUUUGCGGUCCCAGGACGAUCGUUGUCGCGUGAACGCGGAUUUCGGAGACCAUGGACAAGUCGCGUGCUCGGACGAUUGUCCGGCAGACAAGGAGCCGCUCAUCAACCGUAACCGGAAAGUUGGUGCCGGGAUGUUGCACGCCGUUAUGUUAGGUAGCGGUCCAGGACGGGGGAGACGCGAGUGGUAUCCAGGAUUUUAUCUCCAACGUCGUCGUCUUGCCUGUAAGAUGAAUCGCGGCGAACAGGAAACUCUCUUCCGGCAAAGCCGUCAGAUCACGCGGAUUGUACCUUCCCGUGAGGACCUUGUAUUGAGUGUCCUCAAGUCGCCAAUCAAUCAGCAGCAGCAACAGCAGCAACAACAACAACAACGACAGCAGUGUCGACAUCCGUAUCAGUCGCACCCUCACGGUCACUUUAACUGCCAAGGUCAUCCAAAUAAUAAGUGCAGUCAUUCAGGUGACAACGAGAGUCUUCCACGAAGCAAGGACCAAUGCUCUAGACACGCCGAAAAGCGGUACGGUGCCGCGACCGCCUACGCUGCCCUUCGGGGCAGCGAGGACGAGCUCGUGGCUGAGCAGGGUCUCGAGGCGGAGGACGCCGCGUUGAAGACGCCCGGUAGCGAGACCGAGGACACCGAGGAUAACGGCGCGAACGCGGAGGAACCACCAUCACCCGCGCGCCGUUUCACUUUCCUACGUCGCUUCCGCUCGCCGCGCUUCGGCGAGGCGCACCACAAGCGGGUGCCGACGCCCAUGAAGCGGAAAUAUCGGCACAAGAAGAGCAAGGAUGACAUCAUUGACAAUGACGUGACCGGCGCCGAGGAGCAACCGCCGAGUCCCGAUCCCGAACAGACCGGCGUGCCCGAUCCUUACUAUCCGAUCUACCUGCCGAUCGAUCAGGCCUUCAAGGCUAAGUACGUGUUCCAUCAUAAGAGGGGCAAGACCUUUCAGGAGCGCCUCUAUGUGUUCCUCGAACAUCCCGGCGGCUGGCUGUGCUUCAUCUAUCAUUGCACUGUGUUCAUGGUGGUAUUGGUGUGCCUCAUAUUUAGCGUUUUGUCAACAAUAGACCAAUACAGUAACUUCGCAAACGAAACUCUGUUUUGGAUGGAAAUAUGUCUCGUGGUAUUCUUUGGAGUCGAAUACCUGGUUCGACUAUGGAGCGCAGGCUGCAGAUCGAAGUAUAUGGGCUGCUGUGGACGGCUGCGAUUCAUACGGAAACCGAUUUGUAUCAUAGAUUUAAUCGUCGUAGUAGCGUCCAUGGUAGUCCUGUCGGUAGGAAGCAACGGUCAGGUAUUCGCCACUUCCGCCAUCAGAGGCAUUCGGUUUUUGCAAAUUCUACGAAUGCUUCAUGUCGAUCGUCAAGGCGGCACGUGGCGGCUUUUGGGUUCGGUGGUUUACAUACAUCGUCAGGAGCUGAUUACAACGCUGUACAUUGGGUUCCUAGGCCUUAUUUUCAGCAGCUAUUUCGUAUACCUUGCCGAGAAAGAUGAAGUUGGACCCGACGGCAAGACGGAUUUCUCGAGUUACGCCGAUGCGCUUUGGUGGGGAGUGAUCACAGUAACGACGAUAGGUUACGGUGAUACAGUCCCGCAAACAUGGAUGGGAAAAAUAGUGGCCUCGUGUUUCAGUGUGUUCGCCAUAUCCUUUUUCGCACUUCCAGCUGGUAUUCUAGGUUCUGGCUUCGCGCUAAAAGUACAGCAGAAGCAACGGCAGAAGCACUUUAAUCGGCAAAUACCAGCUGCCGCAAUGUUGAUACAGUGUCUGUGGAGGUGUUAUGCCUCCGAUAAGGCCAUCAACAGUGUCGCUACGUGGAAUAUCUACAUCAAGGACCCGGCGCCGGCUGGCCAACCCUCGACACCUCUGGGCAAGUUGAUUUGUGUAAAGAAGAUGUCUCUGAUGAUCCAGGUGGCAAAGAAGGCGAGUGUGCUGAAGAGGCGGAAGUCACGGAACCGGAUGGACGUCCAGCAGCAACAACAAUCGGCCCUGCCGCCCGUUACGAUAUCGGGCGGUAUAUCGGCCGGUGCCGGGACCGGCCAGAACGACAAUCAGCGUCUCGAGAACGAGGGGGACGUAGUUUUUUAUAUGGAGGAGCCCAAGGUGGGCACGCCGAAUCGCGCCAGACGCGACAAUCGCGUGUUUCCGGUUGGCAGGGGAAGCCUCUUCACCUCGCAGACUAGCUCGGUGACGGAGGCAACUAGUGACGAAAUUGACAUCGAUAUCGAAGAACCGCAGAGAGUAACUAUGUUGACAGAGGCGCACCGGAACGCUAUUCGGGCGAUUAGGAAGAUCAAGUACUUUGUGGCUCGCAGAAAGUUUCAACAGGCUCGGAAACCGUACGACGUCCGUGACGUCAUCGAGCAAUACAGCCAAGGUCACCUAAAUAUGAUGGUGCGGAUUAAGGAGUUGCAGAGGAGAUUGGAUCAGACCCUGGGUAAACCGGGGAGCUACCUGGCGGGAAUCGACCGGGCAGGGAACGUGAAACCCAUGACGAUUGGCGCGCGUUUAUACCGAGUGGAGCAGCAGCUGUCGGUGAUGGAUAAGAAGUUGGAUCAAUUGGUGCAUGUGUUAAAUGCAUUAGCGCAGAAACAGCAAAUACCUUUGCGUAGUAUAGAGGACGAUGUGUAACAGAAAGCCCCCGGCGAACUCGUGCAAUCCGUUUUACAAUCGCCCAUGGUUCCACGGAUCUUGCCUCGCGUUACUAUAACCACAGUGACGCCAAAUAUGUUCAGCGAGAGCUCUUAAUGUGGAAGAUGGCACGCGCUCGAUUGUGUUGUCCCGAGCAUGUCCGGAAAGUACAAAUAUUAUAGCGAAUGCUAUUCGACUCCAUUCGACUCUCGAGAGAGCGCAAUCGGAAGACGCUGGAAACCGUGUUCGGUGUCGAAGAGAUCGGUAUUGAUAUUGGCAAUAUAGGCGAUCUUUGUAACUCCAUUGUGGCCAUUCUUAUAUCCUCGAUCUUAAGAACGAUAUCUCCUUGAGAGGAAUACGUUGUUUACUCGAGGCUGAGAGGAGUCCUCAAGUGUAAACGCAAACGACGAAGUCAAACGCACAGGAUGGAUAAUCGAAUCAACGAUAUCAGGCGAGGAGCCAGGGCAUAGAAAGCAUAGACCGCGGUUGCUGUACGCGCGAAAUGAUAUUUCGUCAAACGAGGAUGAAAAUGUCACGAGGUAAUCGCGCGGUUAACAAAGGAAGAGCGCGAAGAAAUACAUUAUUCAUUGACGGCGCGAGGGUUGAUCCCGCCAAGAUUGGUUUUGUCGUCAGGAAGAAAGAAAGUAUCAUCGACUCUGUUCCAUCUUUUCAGUUCGCCGAAAUGGAUAAAUGCCAAUGGGAACAUCACUUGGGCCAACUAGAAGUAAUAAGAAGGAACAAUAAGCAACAAUGAACUUCCUAGAGCAGAUUUUAAUUAUACUCAUAGACUGCUGAUCGUUCUGCCGGUCGGCUGAUCGUUCGUGAGAAGCGGCGGAACCGUUUAUCGGUCACAAAGCGAUUCCAACGGUUCUGCAGGGUUUAUGAUUUCGAGUUGUGGUUCCGUUUUGUUUUCGAUUCCCGACACGGAAGUCCCGCAAAAGUAGAACCCCAGUUCAGAACUGUCGCUCGCGGAGUGUUUCCAGUUUCCAGUUUCCAAUUUCGAUUUCGCGAGCGCGAGCUCUCUCGAUUUAUUUAUAUUUCGAUUUAAUUAUUCGGCCUAGCACAAAUAUAGAUAUUUUGAGAUAAGCUCGCUUGUCGAGCUCACAUAUUACGAAUUCUCCAUCUUCUUUUCCUUUUUUACGGCAUUGCCCGAUCGCACUUGCCUACAGCGCUUGUUCCUAAAGAGCAAUACGUCUACGUAGAAUUUAGAUAUUGCGUGCUGCUCCGUGCUGAAUUCGCGAUAUGCAAUAUGUAUGUACGUAUCCAUAAUAUUUAGUCUUCGAUACACGCGUGAGAAUGUUUUAACGAAUUAUAAGGAGAUAAGGCGAAAGAGAAGUGUAUAUAUAUUCUUGUGGAGGCGUGUCACUCUCGCAUAUAAACAAUAUUACAAUUUAUAUUUUGUACCUACAUUAUCUUAUGGAACAUUUUAAAAUCGGAGAUGCACCAUUAUAAUCUUGAAUCCCGCGCACGACUCGCAAUGUUACAAAGCUCUUUUAUUUAAGAUCAAAACCGCGAACCGCAACGUGGCACGGAACUCUUAGACGAGCAAUUUAACAAUUUUUCGUUAAAUUAGAUUGAUCGAACGACUUAAGAAAGAACGAUCGAACGACUGAUUGAACCGAUAAGAAGGAUAGCUGCAGUUCUUAUAAUUUUUCGACUGCCAAAACUAGAUCUAAAUGAGAGACAAGCAAUACGACGUUAAUAAGUUCAGAUAGAUGGAUUCGCGUCGCCUCGUGACUUGCGGUUUUGCGUUGAUCGAUUAGCGGCCAGUCUUUCGCGGGCGGGAGAGUGUUCUUUAUCAGGUGGAGAUCUAUCACACUUUAUAUAUCUAUCACCUCUUAUUUAUGUAUUAUUAUGUACAUAUAUACAGAGAGGAUAGAUUUAGCAACUUUCUCAAACCGAGCGGCUUCUAAGAAUAUUUUUAAUCACACAGAGAGACAUAUAUGUAUACAUAUACAUUAUAUACAUACAUAUAUAUAUAUAGGUGUAGGGUCCAAAAUUAUACACAUUUUACAAGACUUUCUCGUGAACCAAAACACCACACUUUACUGCUGCAAUGGACGUGGUGCUUGAUUCGAGCCGAUCAAUUCGUUGCAUCAGUGGACUAUACAUAUAUCGCCGAUGGAGCACACUUGAUAUUAUAUGCGUUGUGUCUACUUUGUUUUACGCGUGUGAACGAAGUUACAAAACUUGUCUCUACACUUAUUUUUAUAUCAUAAUAUUUUUUGUAUCGUACCAGUUUUCUUCGUAUUUUCCAUGCUGAAUAUAUACAUAUAUACAUAUGUGUAAGAUAUAUAAAAGUUUUACAAAAUAAUUUAUUAUUUAUGUCGAAUGCUCAAUUGUUCUUGAAUCAAGCACAACCUCUAUCGAUUAUAAUAAAAUGAUUGUCAAGAAUCAAUAUUAUAACGUUGAGAAAACAGAAUUUAACAGUCAUCUUCGGGGACAGAUACCUUUUAAGAAAUAAAGUGCUGCUAUUAAAUUUUUUCCUUUCUCGACCAAACGCGUUGCCGAGAAACUUCUAGUUUUCGAUAAGAGAGCACAUCAAUGAAUACUCAAGAAACCCUCCGAUUUUGAUAAUAAUCAGCCGUCGAAUAAUCAGCACACUCUUGACAGUUUUGACAAUUUUACACGGCGCUCCGUGCAGUCCGACCACUUUUUAUUAAAUCUCGCGAUGCUUGACUAUCAGUUUAUUAUAAGUGUGUAUCUCAUCGAAAUAUGUGAAGAAAGUGCACUGGAAAAAGUAAGCAAAAUACUCUAUGAAACACGCUUUAGCCUAUACGUGCGUACGAGCACACACUCUAUGGUGCCUCUCACUUAAUUUACUCCACUUUAAUACGAUCGAGUAAUAAAACUUACGAUAACAUAUAGAUCAUAAAUGAUUAUAUAGAUAAUGGUAAUGCAACUUAUAGCUCUUGCGAUACGUGAUGACGUGGCGCGGCGCGGCGCGACGAAUAAUUUUUCAUUUUUUUUGACAAUUGUCACUUGUCACUUGUCACAUGUCGAUAGUUUUAAUUUCGUCAUCUUCGAGCUUCUCAAGUUCACCUUUUUGAGCGACUUAAAUAGAUAAUGGGAAAUUCUUUGCACAGCGCCCGCGUAAAGAGACCCGACGAACAUCGGUGAGAAAGAACACGUGCUCGAUAAACGAAAUUUAGGUACUAUACAAUUAUGAGUAGAUAGAGAUGGUUAUCAUUAUAGAAGUAGAGACAAUCAAUAAACGUCAUUAACGUGGCGCUAUAUGAAAAUCAAAUUUCCUUUCGCGACCUACCAAAUGACAUUCUCGAUGUAAACGAUUUAGUCAACGAAGUACGUAAAAUAAGUUAAUGAAUUCCGUUUAUAGGUAUGUAGAGAUAAAAGAUAUUCAGUGACCUCGCGCUUUAAGCACAUCGUUAUUUCGUUGUAUACAUAAAUUAUUAUUCCGAUAAUUAUUGUAUCGGUUCGUUAUUGUUCAUAUAACUGGAGAAAAGGUGAUCUCAUACGAUGUAUAAAUCGAAAAUGUUAAAAGAAUUUUUAAUAAAAUUCUAUUGCAUAUUUUAGAUUUAUUUUUGUUUGCGGAAUGACUUCUCUUUCCCAGUUGUAUCAGCAAUAACUAUCUAAUUAUUUUGUGUCAAAUAUAUUUUUUGUUAAAGAAGCUCAAAUAUAUUAUAUUA